GUUUACACACCCACACACACUCACACACACGCAGACGGAGAAAAACACGGGAGGCAGCGGCGGCCGUCGGACCGAUGUUUACCGAGCAAGCAUAGAGGGGAGGUGCGGAAAGUGACAGGCACACUGGAGGAUCGGUGUAUGGUGAGACGCAGGUGAUUCCAGGCUGCCACCAUCGCAUUUCACAGCGGAAUGUUCACUCGAAGAGGGCAUGGAGACGUCAAGAAAUCUACACAGAAAGUUCUGGACCCAAAGAAGGAUGUGCUGACCCGGCUCAAACACCUCCGGGCGCUGUUAGAUAUCGACAAGAGUGAACUGAAGGCAUUCUUUGAGAGCAACUGUUCUCAAAUUUAUUUUAUCUUCUAUGAAAAUUUCAUUACACUGGAAAGCAACUUAAAACAAAAAGGGAACAAAUCUCAACGGGAGGAGCUGGACUCUAUCCUCUUUAUUUUUGAAAAAAUCCUGCAACUUCUGCCUGAGAAGAUCUACAACCGUUGGCAGUUUCACAGUAUAGGGUCUAUACUGAAAAAGCUUUUACACACUGGAAAUUCAUUCAAGAUCCGCUGUGAGGGGAUCCGCCUCUUCCUGCUGUGGCUGCAGGCCCUGAGGGACAACUGUGCUGAGGAGCAGUUCCUUAUCUUUGCCUGUCUGGUGCCAGGAUUCCCUGCUGUGCCCUCCUCUCGAGGGCCCUGCACCCUCGACACCAUCAUCUACAGCCCCUUCUCCACCCCCGCUGACGCCAAGGUGGUGCCUGAAGAGAUUACCCCACUGGUUCCUGCUGUGUUGGGAGAAAAAACGGCAGAUGACCCGACCUGCUACAUCCUCGAAACACUGCUCAAGUUCAUGGUCAUCCAGGCAUCCAGUUUAGAAUGGAGGAACAAAGAGAACCAGGACACGGGUUUCAGAUUUCUCUUCAGUCUGUUCAAGAAGUACUACCUUCCACAUCUAUUCCCCUCAUUCACCAAGCUCACAAACCUCUACAAGCCUUUAUUAGACCUCCCCCACCACAGACCGAAACCCCUGUAUGUGCCAGUGACGCGGAACAAUGAGAGCACCUUCUGCACCAGGGACCAGUACCUGGCGCCCCGUGUGGCCUUCAUCACUUGGCUGGUCACCUUCUUCCUGGAGAAGAAGUAUGUCAGCAGUGCCGCUGCGGCGCAGAGCGCCAAGAACGGCACCGAGGUCAUUCCCAAACUCAUCCAGACUGUCACUGCGGGCAGUAGCAGCCAGGAGAAGGAUAAGACGUCAGACGGUGAUGCGAACGGGCCGGCGGGGGAGCCUGAGAAGAGCCACUCCAACAGCAGCACGCUGUCCGAUCGGCGGCCCAGCGAUUCCAGUUUGUGUAGCAUCGAGGAGGAGCAUCGGCACGUCUACGACAUGGUGCAGUCCAUCCUGCUGUCCACCAGGGACAACGUGAAUUUUGUCAACGAGGUCUUCCAUCAGGCUUUCCUGCUGCCGUCAUGUGAGGCGUCGGCAACCAGGAAGGUGAUCAAAGUCUACAGGAAGUGGAUCCUGCAGGAGAAGCCCGCCUUCAUGACGGAGCCUGACAAAACUGCCCGGGAGGAUGAAGUGGAGACCAGCUCUGAGCAGAGGAUCAGCGCAGAGACAAACAGCAUGCACAUACAGAUGUCGGAGAUUCACGGUCACAAGCGGUCGUCUAGCUGGGGGAGAACGUACUCUUUCAGCAGUGCGAUCAAUCGAGGUUUUCUCACAGAGGAGCAGAACAGGGACAUCAAGGCUGGCAUCCAGCCCACACUACAGGUGUUUCUGACCAACUCGUCCAAUGUGUUUCUGUUGGAGCCAUGCCAGGAUGUACCCAAACUCCUGGACAGUCAGGUGGAGGUGUGCAAAGGUGUUCUGAGCAUCUACCGGCACAUGAUCAUGGAGCACACCAUGAAUACACAGACAUGGGAGCAGCUACUGCAGGUACUACUGAGGAUCACUGAGGCUGUGAUGAAGAGGCCACAAGAAAACCAAAGAAAAGACAGCUUUGCUGAAAGCUUGGCGGCUAUUCUCUUUAGGACCAUCAUCGUGGCGUGGGUGCGGGCCAACCUGUGCGUAUACAUCUCCCGGGAGUUAUGGGACGAGCUGCUGGCAGUGCUGUCCUCUCUCACCUGCUGGGAGGAGCUGGUGACGGAGUGGGCCAGCAUCAUGGACUCGCUGACGGCUGUGCUGGCACGCUCCGUCUACGGCCUGGACAUGGCCAACCUGCCUCUGGACAAACUCAGCGAACAGAAGGAGAAGAAGCAGAGAGGACGCGGAGUGAUCCAGGAUUCGCAGAAGGCUUCAGUAGUCGCCCGUUCGUUCUCACUGAGUUGGAGGAACCAGGUGGAGCAGGGCGGGCCGGGGGUGCAGGAGCCAAUGAGGAUUCGCUCGGCCACCACCUCGGGAGCACCUGGUGUGGAGAAGGCUCGCAACAAUGUCCGACAGAAGGCCUCUGCUAAGCGAAGCCAGUCCAUCAGCAACUGUGUUCAUCUGUACGAGGCUUUGCCCACUACUAAAAGUGUUCCAAUGCUGCUCCACACUGUGAGCUCUUUCUUGCCUGGUAUCUCUUCUGGUAACUCUGCUUGCUCUCACAGACUCUCAGAUGUGGAGGAGUGUCAGCUGUCAGAGUGUGGGGGGGAGGAGGAGCUGGGAGGCAGAGACAGCCCUCUGCCACGUAGCAGCAGCACCUCGGACAUCACUCAGCAGCUGUCCGACGCCUUGCCAGCCCAGAAGAGAGAGUACUCCCCGACUUCCUGUGGCUCUGAGAGCAGGAGAGAGAGCAGUGAGCCACCAGCGAUCUUGAUCCGGCAGAGCAGCAAUCCAUCUGAUAAUGACUGCACCGCUGAAGGACACGCAAACUUCACAAGGCCCAAGCUCCGAGAAAAAAGUGAGAGUGUAAGCAGCGAGACAUCCAAUGGCUACCUGAACGAAGCUGAAGUCACCUGGCAGGCGUUUGACGAGGAGGCCGACACUCAGUCCACACAGUCGGCCCACAUGGACGUGACGGCCGACCCCCAGAGCCACGGGAGUCUGCUGCUCAGCCACCACGAGGCACUCGCAGGUCCUGAGUGUGCCCUCCCUCCCCACUCCGCACCCCCGUCCUACCACCACCUCCACAACCACUACCACUACCCCCCGAACCCCCCCUCCUCGCCAGCCCUGCUGGUGCACACCGAGUGCCCGCGGGACUGCCCCCUGGACGACACCAUGCAUCCGUCUGUCUUACACAUGCCACACCACUUGGACAGCAGCGAGUGUCUGGCGGACGAUGUCAGCAUCAUCGCCGGCGGGACUCUGACCGGCUGGCAUGCCGAUUCUGCCUUCGUCCUGUGGAGGAGGAUUUUAGGGAUCCUGGGAGACGUCAACAAUAUCCGCUGUCCCAAAAUCCACGCCAAGGUCUUCUCCUACCUUUACGAUCUCUGGCACAAACUGGCAAAGAUUCGGGACAAUCUUGGGAUCAGCGUGGACAACCAGUCGUCCCCUCCUCAGCCGGCCUUCAUCCCUCCUCUGCGAAUGCUGGCAUCCUGGCUCUUCAGGGCCACCAUGUUACCCGCAGAGUACAAAGCUGGGAAGCUGCAGGCCUACAAGCUCAUCUGUGAGAUGAUGACCAGGCACCAGGACGUGCUCCCGAACAGUGACUUCUUGGUGCACCUCUACCACAUCAUGCACAAGGGUUUCACCAGCGAGGACCAGGAUGUCUUGAACACCAUCAUUCGGUCCUGCUCGCCGCGCUUCUUCUUCCUCGGCCUGCCGGGCUUCACCAUGCUCAUUGGAGAUUUCAUCAUGGCCGCUGCCUGCAUCCUCGCCUCGGACUCCUCUGAGGCUCCGAGGAUGGAGGCUCACACAAUCCUUGGCUCCCUGGUGUGUUUCCCCAAUCUUUACCACCAGAUUCCUGUACUGCAGCACGUGCCGGGCUCUGAUGACGUCCAUGUUGGCACCGAGGACAUCAAGGAUUAUCUGGUCAACCUCCUGCUGCAGGCAUCAAUGAAGGAGCACAGUGAAGGGGCCAGGUGCAUCGCUGUGUGCAGUCUGGGACUGUGGGUGUGUGAGGAGCUGACCCAAAAGAGCAUCCAUCCCCAGGUUAAAGACGCCAUCAAUGUCCUGGGCGUAACACUAAAGUUUGGGAACAAAGCAGUGGCUCAGGUAGCCUGUGACGUGUUUCAGCUGCUCAUCUCUCACUGGGAACACCUUCAGAGGCUGGAAGUUGCUCUCCCAAAGAAAAUAAUUGAGAUCUUUGUGGCCACAAUAGCCUUUUUGUUGCCAAGCGCGGAGCACUCAACAGUGGAAGCAGACAAAAAGUUGAUGGUCUCGCUGCUGCUCUGCUUGUUGGACUGGUGCAUGGCUGUUCCCCUGAGCCUGCUGCUAGAACAAAUCACCAUGCCUUCACAGGACAACCACACUUCCCACAAGCCCCCGCUGCUGGACUACAUCUACAGGGUGCUGCACUGCUGUGUGUCCGGCUCCAACCUGCACACACAGCAAAGCCGCUAUCUCCUCAGUCUGUCAGACCUGUCCAGCGACUACGACCGCAUGCUGGGCCAAGUUAAGCCCUGCGAAUCGGCGCCGUCCCAGCCCGCCCCCUCUGACUUUGGCAACCUGCUCACCGUUGCUGAGGAAAAACGACGGCGAAACAUGGAGCUGAUACCUCUGACGGCACGGAUGGUCAUGACGCACCUGGUAAACCAUCUGGGCCAUCACCCCCUGAGCGGAGGCCCCGCUCUUCUCCACAGCCUCGUGAGCGAGAAUCACGACAACCCAUAUGUGGAGUCUUCAGAGCUGUCCUCCGAGGUCUUCAAAAGCCCCAACCUGCAGCUGUUUGUUUUCAACGACAGCACGCUGGUGUCGUACCUGCAGAUCCCCGCCGAGCCGCCCACAGUGGGACAGCCCCCACACCCUUCCUCCCAAGUGCGCGUCAUAGUCCGGGACAUCUCGGGCAAAUACUCAUGGGACGGCACCAUCCUCUACUGCACCUCACAGGAGGACUCUGUUGACCCAACAGCGUUCAGUGCAGUAGACCCUCCUCUGGCCACUACUGCUACAGUCACACACAGCCCAGGCCAGCCCACCUCUCCCACAAAGGGACUCCACAAGUUCCAUGGUUCAGUCUCGGAUUCCCUCUCUCAUUGUGGCGAGGAUGACGAGGCGGAUGUUCUGGACGCGCUCUUGGACGGCCUCGGCCACAGCAGCCCAGAAUGCCUGCCCCACCCACAACUCAGGCUCAACCAGCCGGCCCCGUCGCCCCACGGCAUGAACUUGGAGCAAGAGAACGCCAUCCUGGAAGCCAUCCUCCGUCAGGCUGAGCAGGAGGAAGCGCAAGUGAGGCGGUGGGAGGCUGACGUAAGCUUCCGGGCCGCCUGCCAGAGGGAACCCUCCCACCAAGAACCAAAGGCUCCUUUCUACUUCUGCCGGCUGCUGCUUAAUGAUCUGGGCAUGAACUCGUGGGAUCGCAGGAAAAGCUUCCAUUUACUGAAGAAAAACUCCAAACUCUUAAGGGAACUGAAGAACUUGGAUUCGAGGCAAUGCCGGGAGACGCACAAGAUUGCCCUAUUUUACAUCGGAGAAGGCCAAGAAGAUAAGUGCUCCAUCUUGUCCAACAGUGCAGGCAGCCAGGCCUUCGAGGACUUUGUAUCUGGACUGGGAUGGGAGGUUGACUUGGCCACACACUGCGGCUUCAUGGGCGGCCUCCAGAGGAACGGCAGCACCGGUCUCACAGCUCCAUACUAUGCUACCUCGACUGUGGAAGUCAUUUACCACGUCUCAACGCGUAUGCCAUCAGAUUCUGAUGACAGCCUCACCAAAAAGCUGCGUCACCUGGGAAAUGACGAGGUGCACAUCGUGUGGUCCGAGCACACCAGAGACUACCGACGUGGCAUCAUCCCGACUGACUUUGGAGACGUGCUGAUUGUCAUCUACCCGAUGAAGAACCACAUGUACUUCAUCCAGAUCAUGAAGAAGCCACAGGUUCCUUUCUUCGGGCCUCUGUUUAAUGGCGCCAUCGUCACUGGGACGCUGCUGCCAAGCUUAGUACGGGCCACCUGUAUCAAUGCCAGCAGAGCUGUCAAGUCCCGCCUGACCCUCUACCAGAGCUUCUACGAGGAGCGAGCGCUCUACUUGGAGGCCAUUGUUCAGAACCACAGAGAGGUCAUGACCUUUGAAGACUUUGCCUCGCAGGUCUUCUCUCCCUCUCCCGGAUACCCGAUGAGUGGAACAGGGUCCUUCACCGGCAGCACAAGCACUGAAGCCGGAAACGCCACCGCCACGACGGCGACGGCCGCGGCCGACUCCGUCGAUCAGGUGUCUCCCACAAUGCCCCGGGCCACUAAAAACAGAGUUUCUGGAAAACUCCGCCGCUCGGCCAGCGCUAUAAGCAAAUCCUCCAACUGAGCUCUUCAGCCCGUCCCGGCCUCUCCGCAGCCUUUAAUCUCCAAGAAACCUCACGCGCCCAGCUGUGACUGCAGCAGUUUGUUUUCUCUGCCGUUGUUGUUUCCGCGUGUCGUGUAUAACUGGAGCAUAUUGCAAUUUUUUUUUUUUUUUUUUUUUUUUUAAUUUAAGUGGCAAUGAUUUUUGUCGCGACAUUUCAGUUUGUUGUGGUGUUCAUGUGUCGACUGGACAUGAGACUAAGCUAUUUAUGUUCAUCCUGCUGGUUUCUCCCGAGCGCUCGGCGUCACAGGAAGCACCCGGCGCUCGGUCUAAUGCACUGGAUCAAGUUGGGACUACAGCAGGGGAACGGGAGGCCGCCUGCCCCGUGUCCACGCCUCAUUCAUAACGAAGCGCUGAGUGACGCGGCUUUGGUGUCCAUCGAAACACAUCUCUGCCUUUUUUCUUUAUUUUUUUUUUUUAGACUCCAUUUGCAUCUGCCAAGACGUCUCGGUCCCACAUAGUGACAGAUUGAAUCUGUUUGAACCAGUUUGGAUCAUGUUUAAGGAUUAUCGUAACAAAUCCUCCACAGAAUGACUGGUACUCGCCGCACUGCUCCAACACAGACCCUGUGGUACCUGCAGUCCUACUACUGUUUGUUUUUUUGUUUUGUUUUUUUAAUAGUUUCGAACCUUAAGUGGACAAUCAAUGGCGUCAUUCUAACUUGAGACGAAAUUAAAUUAGUUUGGGAUUUUUUUUUCUUCUUCUUCUUCUUUAAUACUGCUCUCAUUUUCCCUUUUAAAUGAAUUCCAAUGGAUUGUGUCAUGUUUUGAUUUAUGCAACUGUGCUGGAAUGAGAAAAGACUGCGUUUGUAAUUGUUUUCUGAUGUGGUUAACAUAGGCUCAUGUCCGGUAAUUGAAUAAGUUCCUGCUGUCUCUUUCCUCCGCCAUCCGUCUCCUCCUCGUCCUGCGAAGCGAAGACAUCGACAUUCCGACAUUCCCGACCAACCUUUAUUUUGCACUCACUCUCAUCAGUUAGCAUCGAAUGUCUCUUUGUUCUCGAGCGUAAAUUGCUUUAAACCUUUUUAUUUUGCUCUUGUCUUGUUUGCUAGAUGUAUAUAAAUAGAGAGAGGACUAUUUGAUUAAUUAUUUUGAUGGUGUCUUGUAUUAUGUAUUGCUGUCUUGAGAAGAAAAAAAAAAAGCCGCCAGAGCCUCAGGUGAAUCUUAACUCCAUGCACUGGUGUGUGAGUGUGUGUGUGUUUAAGUGUGUAAGAGCCUGUGUGAGAAUGUUGAGUGUGUACACGUAUGUGAGUUUCUGAGGAAGCUUCUCACAGUGCCUGUGUCGUUUCUGUCCCCCGAUGUCUGACAUGAACGCCGGGUUCACGGCGCGAGACGAAGCCCGACGUUCAGCCUCUCCACACUUCAGUGUCUUGUGCUUCCCACAAGAAAAAAACAAAAAAAAACAACCGGAUUGAGACUUUAUUGUAGGCAGCGCACAGUUUUAAUCUGUGGCUGGAACCGAGUGGUACUGACUCCUCCUCUUUCCCAUGAUCCUCUCUGCCUCCCGAGGCAGGCUGGGUUUAUACAGCAUGCCGCAGCUGAACUCUCAUCAGCCCUCCUAGCAACGGCCGGGCCCCGGCGCUCCCACUCCUCCGACCUGCCGCCUCGGGUCGCCAUGGCGACCAGGUGUACCCCGCCCCUCCCUGCACACACACAUACACACACUAUAGACUCACACCCUCAGAGGGCUCCACCCAAGCUGCAACACUAUCCCCAUCUGUUGCACUGCUAUGCCUUACUUUCCCCACACUCCUCUCUCAUUUCUCGCUCACAUCUCACCUCCUCGUGUUUGUUUGCCUCCCCGAGCAGAAUGUGGGGAAUCCAAACCGCAGGAGCAUUGACAGAUGUGUUUUGUUUUGUUUUUUUAUUUUUCUUUCUCUUGUUUUUUGACGAAUGUAUAGCGAUAUAGACCUGGAUCACAUCUAAUGUUUUUAUCCCUUCCCAUGAUCCCCUUUGAAGGAACCGUCUCCCCCCAAGAUGUCGAUCUGAAGAUUGUAGGUUAUAGAAGACGUCAGUUAAAGGAGUUUGUUCUCCUGUUUUGGUGGCUUAGUCACUGGGAGGCAUUAGUUCGGACCAAGAUAAGAUUGUAUGUCUUAUGCGUGCGAAGAAAAAGAGCUUGUCGUAGUCUUAGUAUGUUUUUUUUUUUUUUCCUCUUCUUGUUUUAGAAAAAUCCUUGUACAUUGUGUCAAAUCUGACGGCCUCUGAGCCCACCUGAAUAUAAAUAUAUUAAUGCCUGUAAUAUAAUCUUUGUAUAUGAGAAAAGGAGAAAAAAGCUUGAAAAUUUCCAUCAUUACUUGUCAACAUAUCAAACUGUUUUUAAUGACCGAAGUCCCGCUAUCUUUAUUAGAAAUGUGAAAAUUUAAACAUUUCAUUAAAUCAAUUUGAAAUUCUA